UCCUUGUAUGUGAAAAGAAGUGGCAGCCCUUCAAUUGUGCUGAAAAGACGCACCGAUCGCCCAGUGGUUUGAAACAAUCUGUAUGCCUCUGUUUCUCUCCGCCUCUCCUGCCCAUCCCUUUCUUCUCCCUCACCAAAAUUCAUAAAUUCAUCCCACUCCCAUCCCAACACACAAACCCAUUCCUUUCCCAAAUGGAGGUCGGGAGGGUCCAGGACAUCGCUUCCUCGGCGCUCUUCUCCGGUAGUCUCCCGGCUGAGUUCGUCCGCCCCGACACCGAGCAGCCCGGAAUCACCACCGUCAAAGGCCAACUCCUCGCUGUUCCCGUCAUCGAUUUCAAAAACCCAGAUGAAGACUCUGUUAUCAGAGCCAUCGACGACGCUUCUCGCAAUUGGGGCAUGUUUCAAAUCAUCAACCACGACAUCCCAAAUGAGGCAAUCGCCCAUUUGCAGGCUGUCGGGAAGGCAUUCUUCGAACUCCCACCGGAGGAGAAAGAGGUCUACGCUAAGCCCCCUGAUUCCAAAUCCGUCGAAGGCUACGGAACCAAACUCCAAAAGGAAGUCGAUGGAAAAAAGGGUUGGGUCGACCAUUUGUUCCACAUCAUUUGGCCCCCUUCUGCCAUCAACUUCAAAUUCUGGCCCCAAAACCCCCCUUCCUACAGGGCUGCGAAUGAGGAGUACAGAAAACACUUACAUGGGGUUGUGGAUAAGCUCUUCAGAAGCCUCUCGCUGGGGCUGGGGCUUGAAGGGCACGAGCUAAAAGAGAGCGCCGGUGGAGACAAAUUGGUGUAUUUACUGAAAAUCAAUUACUACCCGCCAUGCCCAUGUCCUGAUCUGGCUCUUGGAGUCCCUGCUCACACCGACAUGUCGACCAUUACAAUUCUUGUGCCCAAUGAUGUUCAAGGCCUGCAAGCGUUUAGAGAUGGGCAUUGGUACAACGUCAAUUACAUCCCCAAUGCCCUCGUUAUCCAUAUCGGCGACCAAAUUGAGAUACUGAGUAAUGGGAAGUACAAGAGUGUGCUUCACAGGACGACAGUGAAAAAGGAUAGGGUGAGGAUAUCAUGGCCGGUGUUUCUGGAGCCACCGCCGGAGUUUGAAGUUGGGCCUCAUCCGAAAUUGGUCGACCAAGACAAUCCGCCAAAGUAUAAGACGAAGAAGUAUGGUGAGUAUGCGUAUUGCAAGCUAAACAAGAUUCCCCAGUGACUCUAAACGCCGCCGCCGCCGAUUCUGAGAGUCUGCAACCUCUUCCUUAAUCGUCGUCUGCAUGUCUUCUCCGGCCGCCGUUUUCUGUUAAGUGGUUACAAUGUUUCCGGCGGCCGGUUACUUGAAUCAUGGAAUUUAUUUUAAUAACACAUUAAAGGAAAAAAAAAAUAUAUUAUCUAUUUUACUAAUUAAGAACUUAAUUAUGAUUGGUAAAA